AUGCCACUGUGCCACUCUAGUCGCGAUUGGGGGCACUUUGCCCCUCCUCCCACCUUGAAGCUCGUCGGUCGCUUCUCCAAAAACUGCAACAACUUCCCACGACCUCUGUUUUUUCACCUUUCUCACUGUCUCGGAACUACUUCCGGGCUUACCAAUCGUCCCUCCUCCGCCGACCAGAUGCCGAAGAAACUCUCAAAGAACCCCCAAGGAGGGAGCACCACAAAUCUCGGGACGCCCUCGACCUCAACGACGAAUUCGACCUCCCUCUCCCUCCCUAGAAUCCUGACCGACGAGCUCCCCCUUCCGAAACUCAUCGUCUUUGACCUGGACUACACACUUUGGCCCUUCUGGGUCGAUACCCACGUCUCAGGGCCAUUGAAAGCCAACGCGACACACUCGGCAGUCACAGACCGCCACGGCGAGUCCUUCGCCUUCUACCAGGACGUGCCGCGGAUACUCUACACUCUCUCACUAGCAGGUAUCAAGAUCGCAGUUGCGUCACGGACUUCGGCACCCGAUUUAGCAAGGGACAUGCUUAAGCUCCUGCACGUUCCGCCGCCGAGUGCCGAGGAAGGAGGGAGCGGCAAGAAAGAGAAGACGAAGAAGGCACUCGAGUGCUUUGACGCACCGUUGGAGAUAUACCCUAGCAGCAAGAUAAGACAUUUCGAGACGAUAUUCAAGAAAACGGGUAUUCCAUUUACAGACAUGCUCUUCUUUGAUGACGAGAGUCGAAAUCGGGAGACGGAGAGCUUGGGGGUGACUAUGCAGCUGGUCAGGGACGGUGUGACGUGGAACGAGAUCGAGAAGGGUGUGGGGGAAUGGCGCAAGAGGAGAGGCUACUCGGGAUAG